AUGGCGACCCCUUGGGACUCCGCCGCCUCACGGACAAUUAUCCACCCGCAUACACCGACUUUUUUGGAUGUGCCCACGGGCCCUGAAGCUCAGCCUUUCAUUCGUGAGGCCCGUCCCGUUUACAAUGCGAAGAAAGUGGAGAGUUGGCUCUCUGUCGGGCAAGCUAUCUGGAACUACAUUGACAGCCUUGAGAUUGAGUGGACUUUCAUUAAUCCACUUGCCUAUGCCAAUGCCGGGGAGGCUGAGCCUUUCUGCUCUUUUGUUGUUGUCAUCGGUGUGAAGCCUUUGACCGUCUCCUUCAGCCAUGCCGUUGAUGUUGCCACCACUGCUCAGAAUAUGCUUAUCUGUGCUGGCUUUGCUGAGGCCGAGGCGGCUGUUGUGGAGGGGGACAAAACAUACUCCGUCUCUCAGGCCGCUCGUGGUCCUCAACUGCUUUCCUUCGAUCCCCUCCUUGAUGAUGUCCGCGAGUUGCGACAUCUUUUCAGCAGCACACUCGGCCUUUCUAUAUCACCUUUUAAAUUCCCCCAUUACGCAGGCACCGGUUCGCUUUAUUACCAGUUUGGUGGAGACGACAAGCGUGUCGCCCUCUUAACAUGUGCGCAUGUCGCUUGUCCUCCUCUCGAGUAUCCCAAUACUGACAAGAUUAUCACCAACCCGAGCCAGUCUCGCGAGGAGAUCAUCUCGCCUGGGCCCGGAGCCUAUGACAGCGCACUUAAGGCCCUGCAGGCAGAUGUUGACCGCCAGAUACGCUCGAUCAAGAUACGGGAUGAUGUGCUCGUUAUGCUUGGGGAUCCUAUGCUGAACGAGGAUGCAAGAAUCACCAAGAGGCGCACGGAGCACCUGUUGCUAGUGGAUGGCGCAAAGGAGAGGAUUGAGCAGGUGAAAGAGCUGUUGAACGUGGUCCAGGACCGUGUUGACCCUAGCAAGCGUGCCAUUGGCUUUGUUCUCCACUGCGAGCCGAUCGAGGUUUCAUCAGGGCCCCGCAGGUUCACCAAGGAUUGGGCUCUCAUUGAGCUCUAUAAUGAUAUGAUUGAUUGGAAUGCAUUCAGAGGCAACCGGGUCUACGUUGCUGCAAGGAUCACGGGCCCCCAAUACGGCGAGAUUAUGUGGCCCCAGGCUGCUGAUUCAGCAGAUUAUAAAUACCCUGCCAAUGGCCUCCUUCAAGCGUAUGGUGUUGUCCAGGAGGAUGAGCUACGCAAUCCUCAGCACCUUGACAUUUAUAACCAGAAGUGUCUUCUUGUUGUCAAGAAUGGAGCAACUACAGGAACCACAUUUGGUCGUGUCAAUGGUCUUGAGUCUUUCAUUCGCCACUAUCCUCCUUAUGGUAUCGAUGAGACAUCCACUGAAAUUGCUGUCUUGAGAUACAGCAAGGAUUAUCCCAGGUUCUCCGAGUCUGGAGACUCAGGACCAAUUGUUCUUGACAGGACUGGUAAGAUUGUUGGAGUACUUACCGGUGGUGUAGGUCCCACAGAUGGCACUGAUAUUUCAUAUAUCACUCCAUACUUUGACAUACAUGCACAGCUCACAGCCAAAUAUCCCAGCAUCUGUCUCUACCCAGUUAUUAAUUGA